AAGGACUUUUUAGCGAACUCAUUAAGGGAAAGAUUUGUAAUAUAAACUGAACGAAAUGCUUUUACACACAAGAAAAACGGAAUGAUAAAGAAGAAUGAGCAGACAGAAAGAUAGAAUGAUGGAAAUAUAGGACAGGAACAUAUGAUAAGAAGCCCUGCACCCAUAUGAUUGUGAUAAUGAACCCAGUGUGAUAGUGAUGAAGUGUAUAGUGGUGGUGGUAGUGAGUGUGGUGGCAGUCAAAGUAGGUAUACUUACUUUGGUGGCGGUGUGUGGCAACAGUGCUGGUGCUGGCUGGUGACGCAAUCAUAACAACGCCGCUGCCGCCUCGGGAGGGCGGCCGCUGACUGACUGGUGCCUCUCACACUGACUGGCUCACCAUGACGGAGGAGGUGGGCGUGGAAGUGGAGCGGCAGCAGGAAAGCUGGUUCGGGAGUUGGCUGCGGUGGUGUCCGACGUCCCUCAGCCUGCUGCGGGAGGCAGAGAAGGUGCUGCUGUCCAACCUGAAGAGCAGCUACACAGGCCGGUAUGUGAGUGUCGGGUGUGUGGUGGGGGAGAAGGAGUCGCAUGUGUGGACCCUAAGCUUCAACGAGGACUCGGACAAUGUGCCGCUGGUGUUGCUUCACGGGUUUGGCUCAGGUGUGGGGCUGUGGUGCCUCAAUUUUGACUCCUUGGCUGCCAAUCGUCCCGUCUAUGCCAUUGAUAUCCUUGGCUUUGGCCGCAGCUCCCGUCCAGCCUUCACCAAGGACCCGCUGGAGGCCGAGAGGGAGUUUAUUAUGUCCAUUGACGGCUGGCGGGAAAAGAUUGGCCUGGAGAAGUUUAUCCUGCUGGGGCAUUCCUUCGGGGGGUUCCUUGCCGCUGCCUACGCCAUCAAGCACCCUGAGAGGGUCGAACAUCUAGUGCUGGCCGACCCCUGGGGCUUCCCGGAGCGACCCCUGGAUGUGGGUGACAGGUAUAAGUUUCCUCUGUGGGUGAAGGCGGUGGCUGCCAUCCUGCGGCCCUUCAACCCUCUCUCUGUCAUCCGCACUGCUGGACCCUUUGGUCCAAAUAUACUGAAGAAAGCCCGGCCAGAUCUGAUUCGUAAGUUCUCUGGGAUGGUUCGAGACGCAGAGGAGGUGAUUCCCAACUACCUGUACCACUGUAAUGCGCAGGACCCCAGUGGUGAGUCGGCCUUCCACACGCUGAUGGCAGGGUUUGGGUGGGCCAAGUACCCAAUGAUCCAGCGCAUGGACUCACUAAGGAAGGGUCUGCCAAUCACUCUUAUCUACGGUGCUCGAUCCUGGGUGGACCACGACCCAGGCUUCCAGAUCAAGUACAUGCGGAAAGAUACCUUUGUUGACGUCAAGGUGAUCCAGGGCGCCGGCCACCAUGUGUAUGCUGACAGGGCCCAGUCAUUCAACGCCAUCGUCAACAACAUUGGGCACCACUCGGACAACGGCACACUGCCCCAGCUGGCCCCUGAUUCUGAGGAGGCGGAGGGGCAGGUGAGCAGCAGGGAUGUGGCGGUGACACUCUCCAGCAUGAUCAAUGUGAGGAACGACAACAUGAGAGACGAGCCUAUUGUGACGACGGAGGUGAACGGUGUGGACGACGAGGUGGAUUAGUGGCGGUAGUGGUAGUUGUGGUAGCAGUGUGUGUGUGUGUGUGUGUCUGUGUGUGUUGUCUGUAAAGCAAGAAAGUCACGGUGCACAUAUCAAGGGUGUUUGUAGAAGGAGCAGUGCAGAUGUUUGUUUUUUGGGCUGUGAAAAGAAAAGUGGCUUAGAAAAUGUGAUGUUUGGAUUUUGUAUUGAUUUUAUUUCUUUACUUUAUUAUUAUUAUUUAUUUAUUUAUUUAUUUUUCAUGAUAAUAAAGAGCUUGAAGUGAA